AUGCAAGAUGCAGAGGAAGUCAUUCCUAUAUCCCUUCCCCCAACGACAGAGGAGCAGCGAGAGAGCUAUCUAUUCUUGGUUACUGUGUCCGAGUACUCUGGGAUAAUGUUGCUCAAAACAGUACUCUUCCUCAUCUCUGCUGCGUGCUCGACGACCCUUGGCAGUGGUCUUGAGCCACAAAUACCCUCGGUCGUAUCCUUCACACCCUCACAUGGUGCCUUCGAGCUGUCAUCAGUCGUGCAAAUUGUCGUCGACAGCAAGCACGCCAACCACGGCACCCCGUCCCUCCUCGACUUCGCCAACACGUUCCGCGAUGAUAUCAAAGAUAUCGUACCACACCUUCGCCUUGCACCGGUCUCAGUGUCUCCCAGUAUCCCGGGCACCACCCUGGGCAUCCCCACGAUUUACCUGACUUUGGACACGUCCCUGCAAUACAAGCUGUACAAUGGAGAUCCUACGGACGAGGGAUACGACAUCGUGAUAACUCACAAUUCAGUGGCCGUCAAGAGCUCCGGCCCCCUCGGUGUCUGGUGGGGUACUAGGACUUUGUUACAGCAAGUUGCGAUGCAGCUGUCCAAGGGUGUAUCAUCCGUUUCACUUCCUGCGGGCAGCAUUUCUGACUCACCAGGCUGGGAAGUUCGCGGCUUCAUGAUGGACGCGGGAAGACACUGGUACGAAACUACGUUCUUGAGCGACUUGUGCAUAUACGCAUCCUUCUUCAAACUCAACGAGAUACACCUGCACGCAUCAGACAAUCUCUGGAACCCCGACUUUUUGUACGGCAAUGGCAACGAAGGCUGGAAGAACCUGUACGCUGCGUUCCGCUUCCAGCCACCUGCCGGCUCUCCGCUCGAGGGGCUCGUCCCGAGGAAGAAUGAGAGUUGGACAAAGCAAGAGUUCUUACAGAUGCAGAGUGUCUGCGCACAGCACGGCGUUACCAUCAUCCCCGAGAUUGACACUCCUGGCCAUUCUCUCGUGUUUAAUCAGUGGAAGCCGGAACUCAUGGAGGCAGGCGCGCCUGACCACCUCAACCUCUCCCACCCCGACACUAUCCCCACGAUCAAGUCCGUCUGGGACGAGUUCCUACCCUGGUUCUCAUCCCCCGAGGUCUCUAUCGGUGCAGACGAGUACGACGCCGCCCUCGCGAACGACUACAUCUCCUUCGUGAACACCAUGGCCGACCAUAUCGCCUCCACCGCACGCAAAGCCAUCCGCAUCUGGGGCACGCGCGAACCCAGCGACACGCUCUCCGUCUCCACAAACGUCACCAUCCAGCACUGGGACUUCCCGGGGGACACCAUCCCCGUGCAGCUCCUCGCCUCGGGCUACCGCAUAAUCAACUCCGAGCAGGCCUUCCUCUACCUCGACGGCAAGACGUCCGACGGCGGCCAGUUCCCGCAGACGCUCGACGAGGACCUCCUCUUCGGCGGCGCGCCCGGCGGCGCCGGCUGGGCCCCGAACGUCUUCUCGCGCACGGACGCGACGAACAACACGCGCGCGGACGCGCGGGGGCUGCGCGGCGCGCUCUUCGCGCUCUGGAACGACUGGGGCAAUAACGCAACGACCGCGCUCGAGGCGUACUACCAGCUCGCGCGCUCCGCCGCCGUGUUCGGCGAGAAGGCGUGGGCGGGCAGCGGGGUGCAGUCCACCGAGCUCUCGCGCGCGCAGUUCGACGCGGCGUAUCCGCCGCUGAACGCCGCGGCCCCAGGGCAGAACCUCAACCGCGUCGUCCGGCCCGCGCACGGGGACGUCGUGUUCGCACAUGCGGCGCCGCCUCCAUCGUUUGACACAGGGGUCCCGUCCGUCGGCCCGCCGUACACGCUCGCGUUCCGCGUGCAGCCUGAUGUGCGAGAUCCUAACGCAGGCGUCCUGUUCGCGGGCGCAGACUCGAAGUUGCACGUCGCGAACCUCACGUUCGAGGCGACGGGACAACUGUAUGCGCUCGGAUACGUUCUCCCUUCGGACCGGUUCACGUCCGUCGCGAUCCAUGGAACGCGCGAGUACACCUACGCGGUCAUCGACGGCGAUGAGGCACAUCCGCGCUACUGGCAUACACUCAUGGAUAUCUGGGGGGAGUAUAUGGCGCUCGGAAAUAUGUCCUUCGCUGCGCCGUCGCAGCUUAUAGGUGGAGAGGGGUUCAAGGGGACCAUCAGGGAUGUGAAGCUAACGCUAGGUGGAUGA